AUGGCGCUGCUCUGCCACGUUCAGGAGGAGAGAAAGUCUAUAUUACGCAGCAUACCAACAUCGAAGUCCCUAUCGCACGCUCACCCCCAAGCAGUCCAGUUCGCGCUCUUCGCCAUCUCGACCGGUAACAGCAUAAGCUUCAGCAGCUAUCUACUGCGCGCUGCGACACUGAACGCUCAAGAUGGCAGUUGGCUAAACAGAGGAAUCUCCAUUGCUGCCGUUACGGUGGUUUGUUUGAUACACUCGUUUGCCCCACGGUGGGGAAUUUGGCUGAGCAACGGCUUUGGCGCUUUCAAGCUCGUGCUGCUCAGCUUGGUCGUCUGUACGGGAUUUGCUGCUCUCGCCGGCAGGACGGCGGCACCCAGGCCCGAUAACUUCUCGAAGUUUCCAGGGGCCCGGCUGGUCGAGAACCGGCGACGAUUAUUCGGCCGGGGCCGCGGGCGGUUACUUGCUUGCUCUGCUCCAGGUGCUGUAAUCCUACGGCGGGUUCUAACAGAGGUCCGGAACGCCCCCAAGACGCUGCGGAGGGCGGCACUCAUUGCUGACUCGGCGGUGACGGUGCUUUAUGUGCUGGCCAGCGUCUCAUACUUUGCCGCCAUGAGCAAGGAAGAGAUUGCCAACUCGAGGGUUGUCGUGGCGGCCCAGUUCUUUCGGAAUGUGUGGGGCGAGAGUGUCUUCAUGACUCGGGUCGUGCCCUUCUUCAUCAGUCUCUCGGCGCCGGGGAAUGUGUUUGCGCAGUCCUUCGCCAUGCCGCGCGUGAAACAAGAGCUAGCCAAGGAGAGCGUGCUGCCGUGGGCUCGGUUUUGGGCCUCGAACUGGCCGUUCAAUGCGCCCUCCGGGGCUAUCUUCCUGCACUGGAUCUCUACUUGUGCGCUGAUCCUCGGGUCGCACACCACGGACGUAUACUCUUCCUCGCUGCCGGGCUGGUUUACCUCAACUUUGCGCCCGUCAGAGCGGUGGGCCGAGCAGCGGACGACGUUUCGCAACUCGCCGCUCCUGACCAUCUUUUGGAUUGUUUCGCUGCUGUUUGUGCAGGCCCCGCCAUUCAUCAAGAACGACUUCUUCGAACAUGUGCCGUUCUAUGUGGUCCCCACCCUCGGCACCAGUCUGCUGGUCAUUGGGACGGCGUACUGGCUCGUGUGGGCAAAGGUGCUGCCCGCGUUGGGCUACCAAAUCCAACACGAAAUUGUCCAGAUCCCGGACGGAACUGAGAGGGUCAAGUAUAAGAGGGUCAAACCCAAGAAGCGGAGAAGGCAGGGGCAGUGGACUCGGCAACGGAAACUAUCUGUUUGGUUCACCGGACAAUCAGACCAUCGAGCCCCCCUGAACGACCCCUGAACAAGCCUGCCCUGAUCAUCGUAGUAGUGCGGGACAUGGCAGUUCAGUCCUGCAUAAUCUACUUGGUCUUGAGAAUGGAAACGACCGAAGAGAAAGAAGAAAGACAGAUUGGAAAGGGUAUAAACAAAAAAAUAAAGAAAGAGUUCUUUUCUGUGCUGUAGAGUAAACAAGCAACGGCUGGCUGGCUGAAUGUCUGCUUCAGCUCGGUGGGUUCUCCGACUUUCUUGUCUCGGUCCGAGCCUCUGAGGUUAAGUUAAACCCUAAGUUCGCUAGCAUGCGACAACUCACGAAUGAGUUCGCAGCUAGUGAUAUGACCGCUCGAUGGGAUGCAUGACUUGCCUUCGCGACAUUUUUCUCAAUAAUGCGAUUAUUACUGGGGUAAAGGGGGGAAGUCAACG